AUGGUUUCUUCAUCUUUUUCUGUGCAAAUCAACAGACCAGAAGAGAUUCGCAAGCAAAUUGUGCAGGAGCUAACGACACACCAAGCGUUGUAUCUCGUGCUAGAAUACAUGGACCCCGGAUCUCUCGCCGAUGUGACUGCCACAUUUCAAGAUGGUGAAUUGCAUCCCAUUUCCAAGGAAAAAGAAUCUCCGAAUUAUAUUGAACAGUCGGAGGUUGAUUUCGAAUUCUCAUUGGAAGACCUCGAGGCCGUCAAAGUGGUCGGGAAGGGCAGCGGAGGUGUAGUACAACUUGUUCGACAUAAAUGGCGUGGAAAUUCAUUUGCCUUGAAGGAAAUUUCUAUGCAAAUGAACAGAUCAGAAGAGAUCCAGAAGCAAAUUCUGCAGGAGCUUAGAAUACACCAAGCGUUACAAUGUUCACAUGUUGUGGGUUUCUACCAUUCUUUUCAUCGCAGCCGAUCCAUAUAUCUCGUGCUAGAAUACAUGGACCGUGGAUCUCUGGCCGAUGUUCUCAGACAAGUUAAAACGAUCCUCGAACCGUAUCUUGCAGUCGUGUGUAAGCAGGUUCUGCAAGGGCUUGUGUAUUUGCAUAAUGAGAAGCACGUCAUACACCGAGACAUAAAACCAUCCAACCUACUGGUGAACAGAAAAGGGGAAGUGAAGAUCACUGAUUUCGGUGUCAGUGCAACACUAGUUAGCCCCAAGGGGCAGAGAGAUACAUUGGUUGGGACUUACAGCUACAUGUCGCCUGAGAGAAUUAGUGGGAGCACUUACGACUGCACCAGUGAUGUUUGGAGUUUAGGCAUGGUGGUGCUCGAGUGUGCUAUCGGACGUUACCCGUAUAUGCAAUCCGAAGACGGGGGAAGUUGUCCCGACUUUUACGAGCUUUGGGAGGCCAUUGUGCAAAAUCCUCCACCAAGUGCUCCACCAGAUCAAUUCUCUCCAGAGUUCUGUUCAUUUGUAUCAGCCUGCUUACAGAAGGAAACUGAAAAGAGAACAUCAUCUGUGGACCUGUUGUCUCACCCCUUCAUUAAAAAGUUCGAAGACAAAGACAUAGACCUUGGGAUUUUGGUUGGUAGUUUGGAAUCUCCUAUGAAUUUCCCAAGAUGA